GCAUAGGAACCGAAAUUAAACACCAAUGCGCAUCAUGGACGUUGGAGGAGAGACGAAAGCAUGAGACGAUGUUUAGAAUUCAUUAUUUAAUAUAGAUUUAGUCAUUCGAUAUUUCUUAAAAGUGUUUUUUUUACACUAACUCUCGGUCUUGUGUAUGAUCAGUAAAAAGAAAACGGGUCAAAAAUGAGUCAAACAACAGCAGAUAUGGAACGGAAAGUCAGUAAAAUUGUUACUGAUAUCAUGACGGAAGAGACCAUUGAUGCUUUUUGCAGCACUAUGAUCCACACCGAUGACUUAAAAAAGAUUAAGAAAGACCAUUUUGAAAAAUUGAAAAAGAUCUGGUGUUCAUGCCCUCAAGAAAAUCCAGAGGCCAGAGAGAGUUUCUUACGUUACUUUGUUCUAUGUAUUCACAAGCAGCAUAACAGCAAACGGUCCCAAACUCUUUUUGACCUUUUAGAGAUGCUGGUUGAAAAUAAUGUUGUUCCAUCAAGACCAAUCUGUGAAGCAUUAUUAACCAGUGAGAACUUACAUUAUAAGCAAAAAGAUCAGUGGAUUCAAACUUUUGCCCUUAUCAGGAAAAUCAUUGGCGGAGUCGACUAUAAGGGCUGUCGUGAUUUACUCAGAGUGAUUCUGGAAAAGUGCCAGACUAUACCAGCAUGUGAAAAUGUAUCUUGUGGAGGACAAGUUGAUUGUGCUGUUGAGGUUGUGUCAGCCAUCAUUGACCGAAAUUCAUGUUUGCUUCCCAGUUAUCUUGCUAUCUUUGAAAUAUCAAAGCUUUGUGCAGAUGAUAAGAAAUGGCCACACUGGAAACUUGGUCAAGUCUUAGCUGAGUUCAAUCAAAGCUUUCGACUUACAGCCCACAUGGUUUCAAUAGCUGGGAGACAACAUUUACUUCCAGUCGUUGGAUAUUCCACUUCAAAUCAUGUCUGGCGCCUUAAUUCUGGCAAUCUACGCUUUGCACUCAGUGGAGCAUUACCUUAUGAUAGGGACAUGCUGGAACCCCAGAAAGGUCUACUCUGUUAUGUUCUUGAACAACCUUACUCUCGUGAAAUGGUGUGUAAUAUGCUUGGUGUUACAAAACAGGUCAAACAAAGAUGUGAAGCACUAGAAGAGCAACUCGUAGAUCUAGUUGUCAUUGCCAUGGAACGGUCAGAGAAGGAGGAUGCUGAUAAAGAUGAAAGUGAAUUUGGUCAGUUACUCUGGCAGCAUCUUGGUAGCCAACUGAUAUUCUUUGUACUGUUCCAGUUUGUCAGCUUCCCACACAUGGUCAUGUCUCUAUAUGAAAAGCUAAAGGACCGAAAUCUAAAACAAGGCCGAGACCACUUGAUGUGGAUAUUACUCCAGUUUAUCUCAGGAAGUGUCCAGAAGAAUCCACUUGCUGACUUUCUACCAGUGUUGAAACUCUAUGACUUGCUUUACUCUGAUACAGAGGUGUUACCGGUCCCUGAUGUCACUAAACCUCAGUCUACACAUGCUUUAGCUAGUACUUCCAUAUGGAUUCACCUGAAUAAAAAAGCUCAUACAGACAAAGCAAGGCUCCAAAGACCAAUUCCACAUGCUCUUAAAGAUCAUUUGGAAUUCCUGAAGCAUGCAUUCAGCCAGAAGAAUUUGUUACUUGGAGAUUAUAAAAUAGCUUUGUUAUGCAAUGCUUAUAGCACCAAUUCUGAAUAUUUUAGUCUUCCUAUGGCCAUUUUGGUUGAAAAUAUCCAUGGCAAUAACAAAAACACAACCCUCUUACCAGGAAACAUCGUUGCUGGGGCACCAACCCAACCGUUACCAAUGAGCUUAUUGGAUUCUCUCACAGUUCAUGCCAAAAUGAGCUUGAUCCACAGCAUUGUGACAAAAGUUAUUCAAAUGGCAAAGAAGAAAACCAAUAUUGCCUUAGCGCCAGCAUUAGUUGAGACAUACAGCCGUCUACUUGUUUACAUGGAGAUUGAAUCACUUGGAAUUAAAGCUUUCAUAAGUCAAUUGUUACCUAAUGUCUUUGCAAGCCAGGCUUGGGGUAUCCUGCACACAUUACUUGAAAUGUUCAGUUACCGACUGCAUCACAUUCAGCCCCAUUAUAGGGUGCAACUUCUAGGUCACCUUCACUCGCUGGCUUCUGUUCCACAAACCAAUCAGAAUCAGUUACAUUUGUGCGUUGAAAGUACAGCUUUGCGACUUAUCACUGGUUUGGGCAGUAAUGAGAUUCAGCCCCAGCUCACCAAGGUUUUCAAAGAACCCAAAGGACCAAAUUUUCUGUCACUAGAUUCUGAAGAACUGAAUCGAGCUUUGGUCCUCACACUUGCAAGGGCUAUGCAUAUCACAGGUGCUGAAAGUCUAUCUGGAAAUUGGUGCUGGGAAAUCUUGAGUGCAAUCAUGAUGAAUACUCCACAUGGCUGGCCCAGUCAUACAUUGUCUUCCUUCCCAGCAACCAUCAGUGAAUUCUUUAACCAAAAUCCUGCUGUCAAGGAAGAUAAAACCGUUCUUCAGAAGAACGUAGAUACAGAGUACAAGAAAUGGAGAAGUAUGGCCAAUGAAAAUGAUAUUAUUGCUCAUUUCUCUAUGCAGGGUACACCACCUUUGUUUCUCUGCAUUAUCUGGAAAAAUCUGCUGGAUGACAAUAGAAUAUCUUCAACAGCAUACAAAGUUUUGGAACGCUUAGGACCAAGAUCCUUGUCAUCACACUUACGAACUUUUGCUGAUUUUCUAGUAUUUGAAUUUUCAAGUUCUCCAAGCGGUCCACAACUAACUAAGUAUGUGGAGGUCCUGAAUGACAUGGUCUGGAAAUAUAAUAUAGUCACUAUUGAUAGAGUAGUCUUGUGUUUGGCAUUGAGAAACCUGGAAGCGAAUGAGGCACAAGUUUGCUGCCUUAUCAUACAAUUGCUGCUGAUGCGGCAUAAUGAUUUCAAGAGUAGGGUCUCUGACUUUGUGAAAAUGAACACUGGAGAACAUUGGUCUCAGAACAAUUGGCAUGAAAACCACAUGAAAUUCCAUCGGAAAUAUCCUGAGAAAUUUUACUAUGAAGGAAUUCAAGAUUUAAAUAGCCCCAACCAGCAUCAGUAUCUUCCCAUUUAUUUUGGCAAUGUCUGUCUCAGGUUUUUACCAGUUUUAGAUAUUGUCAUCCACAGACUUCUUGAAGUACCUUUGGCAAAUAAAUCCUUGGAGAAUAUUUUGGAACAUCUAGGAGGCCUGUACAAAUUCCACGAUAGUCCUGUUAUAUACUUAUACAACACUUUACAUUAUUAUGAGAAUAAGCUUUCAAAUCAGCAUGUACUAAAGAGGAAACUAGUACAAGCAAUUGUUGGUGCUCUCAAGGAGAUACGUCCCCCAAAUUGGUGUCUGACGGAAGAUUACCAGAAUUAUCUCCUGAAGCCCUCAGAUGAUUUGACAUGGAUACCUGACCAAGAAUAUUACAUUCGCCUUGUUGGACGUCUUGUUAAUACUAUCUCUGAUGUUUCUCCAUCACCAUUCCCUUGCUGUGACUGGCGCUUCAAUGAAUUCCCAAACCCUGCUGCUCAUGCUUUACAUGUCACCUGCAUUGAGAUAAUGGCAUUACCAAUUCCAAGUCAGAUAGCAAGUGCUGCCCUCCUUGAUGUUAUUCUCACCAGCUGCACCAGAGUUCCAAGAGAAAAAGUAAUGAGUUGGAUGAAUGCUGUUGCCCUCAUACUCACCUCGUUACCGGAACAUUACUUCUCUGUUCUCAAUGACAAGAUAGUGGAACAGAUGUGCAGCCCACUGCUGUCCAGUUCAAACAGUCGAUGCGACCCAUUCCAGUUGUUCAACUUCAAGGCCAGCCAUCAGGUGUAUGCAGAGCAGUACUGCAGCUAUUUGCUGUCUCUGGUGCAUGCCUGCUGGCACCAUGCCUGUAUCGGUCAGCUCAGUCAGAUCCCUGCGUUUGUUCGUGAUAAACUGAAGCCCAUCAUUCGGACUGAAGAGCAGUUUAUCUUCUUAUGUCACCUCAUUGGACCAUUUCUACAGAGGUUCCAUGCUGAAAGAACUCGCUGCCUUAUUGAAUUGACCGUUGAAUUGUAUGAAAUCCUGGAAAACGUCGACAAGGUAUCAGAACAUAUGCAUUUGAUGGAUGCUAUUUCAGACUUCCUCUAUCACAUAAAAUACAUGUUUGUCGGCGAUGGAGUGAAAAACGAUGUGGAGAAGAUCAUUAGGAACCUACGUCCACCUCUGCAGCUACGCCUCAGGUUCAUCUCCCGCAUCAACAUCGAGGAGACUGCUACUUCGAAUUCUUCUGCCCCCACCUCUGCCUCCUCUUCUACCUCUCAGCCAACAAAGAUUCAGGACAGUUUUCACUUUUAAACUGUUUACUUCUCAGCUGGCUUGACCUGUUCAUAUAUACACACACACACCGGAUUAGGUGUGUGUAUGUAUGAAACACAUUUAUGUGUAUAUAAAUAUACAUUUAUGUGUAUAUAAAUAUACUAU